AUGUGGUGGCUAGAUCCAGGAAAGGAGGUUCUGAAUGCCGUCUUCAAUCGCAUCCUUGCGCCGUACGUGGAGAAUCUGGACAUGAACCAGGUGAACUACGGUAUUGGACAAGGGCAGUUGACUCUGCGAAAGCUACGUUUAAAGAAGGGCGCACUGGACAAGUUCAAUUUGCCCGUCGAGGUCGUGGAAGGACAUCUCGGGACGUUCACCUUGUCCUUGCAUUGGCGCAAUCUCGGCAACCAGCCCGUUGAGGUCCUCAUCGAGGAUGUAUACUUGUUAGUCGUGCCAGCACCCACUGGAGAGGAAGAUCCUGAAGAGGAGGAGAAGCGCGAGCAAGCUGUCAAGUCUGAGAAGCUUGAAAAUGCAGAGAUUCUCCAUAUGCGUAGCCAAACGGAAGUGAAGGACGACCCGCCGCAACAGCAAGGCCUUAUUGCUUCUCUCAUCGCCAAGAUUGUCAAUAAUCUCCAGGUGACGAUAAAGAACAUACAUGUUCGCUACGAGGAUAAGCUCAGUGUGCCUGAUCAUCCAUUUGCUGCUGGCCUCACUCUCGCGAGCCUGACGGCAUUCUCAGUAAAUGACCAAUGGCAACCCGCAUUCAUCGAGAGCACGGCCGGGCGUGUUCACAAACUGUCCAACCUCGACUCCCUAGCCGUCUAUUUCGAUACGGACGCGAAGAGCAUACUCGGUCUUCCCUACCAAGAAUCUAUCGAUACAUUCCAUACGAUGAUCGCCCGAACCGACAGCACUACGUCGCACCAGUUUAUCCUGCAACCCGUCUCUGGUGAAGGCCGGAUCGUCAUGAACAACCAUCCAGAUAACGACAACCCUCGGUUCGAUGUCGAAAUAUUGUUUGACUCCAUCGGCGUCGUCCUGGACGACCAUCAGUAUCGGGAUGCGAUAUCACUGGUGGACAUGUUUCACUUUUAUCGUAGACAGCACCAGUACCGCAAGCUACGACCGACACCUGAGGAGAUGGAGGAGAGUCGCCCGCGAGCGCUUCUCAAAUUUGCUGGGAGGGCUGUGUUGGAUGGCGUGCAUGAGAAGAACCGCCAGUGGACUUGGGCUCAUUUCGCCGAGAGACGGGACGACAGACAUGCAUACGUCGACCUGUUUAAGAAGAAGCAGCUCAACGCGGGCACGCCUCAAGACGCGAAUCAGCUGGCAGCUCUCGAAAAGAAGUUAUCAUAUGAGGACAUCCGCUUCUACCGCUCCAUUGCUCGAUCGCAGCUGCGCAAGGAUAAGGCUUUGCGGGAUAGAUUGGAGAAAGAAAAGCAGCAGGCGCAAGGCCAGCAGCAGUCCUCGGGCUGGGGUGGCUGGCUUUGGGGAUCUUCUUCGACGAAGCCUGCCCAAGAAGACGAGUCAUCCUUCCAUGGUCCAAUGACGGAGCAGCAGAAGAAAGAGCUCUACGACGUGCUCGACUUUGAUGAGAAAACCGCCCUUGCGAACUCGUUUGAGGCACCUCGCGAGCAGAUCAAGAUGCGCGUCGCCGCACAGUUGAAGAAAGGUUCCUUCGCUCUCAAAAGCGAUCCUCAUGGCUCGGCUACAGAUAUCCUGGCGAUCGUUUUUGAUGGCAUGGCCGCUACGUAUCUCCAGCGUCGCGAUAACAUGGAAGUCACUGCCUCGUUAGGUAGCUUCGGCAUCUCCGACAACACCACGCCUGGCUCUCUGUAUCCUCAGAUCGUGCAGGUCAAGACUGAAGUAACCGGCGCCCCCGACGACAAGCCCUUUUUCUACGUCAAAUUCGAGAACAACCCGCUUGAUGAGCGAGCAGACAUGGGUGUGCUUGUUCGCAUGCGUCAUAUGGAGAUCAUAUACCAUAAGGGGUAUGUCGAGGCGGUGUACCGGUUCUUUAAGCCGCCGGAGAGUCAGUUAGAGUCCGUUGAGGCGCUCUUGAGUGCUGCCAGUGAAACGCUUGAAGGUCUCAGGAAAGAAACUAGGGCCGGCCUGGAAUACGCUCUUCAAACGCACAAGACCGUUGAUCUACAGGUGGACAUGAACGCGCCAAUUAUCAUAAUCCCAGAAAGUGUCUCCAUUCCGAAAUGCACGCAUCUGGUGAUUGACGCCGGACACAUCGCCGUGGAAAGCGACCUCGCAGACAAAGACGCUGUCCAGGAGGUCUACAACAAGCGGAACCAGCAAUACACGGACGAAGACCAAGCCCGGCUCGAGUCCUUGAUGUACGACAAGUUCUUCGUCCGUUUGCAAGCUGCGCAGUUCGUUAUCGGCGAGGAUCUAGGGUCCUGUAGACACGCACUCACUUCCCCGGACAGCAGCAAGAGUCACUUGCUCGAGCGCAUCAAUAUCGAUCUGCAGCUCCAGAAGUGCAUUGUGUCAACAGCGGCGACGCUUUCGCGGAUCAAAGUUGCUGGUUCCCUCCCGGCCCUGAAGGUCAACUUCUCCGACGCCAAGUACAAGUCGCUUCUACGCCUCAUCGACGUCACCAUUCCACACUUCGGUGACGACAAGCCUAGCCCGCAGUCCAACCUUCGAUUGCCUCCUGGCUUCUUCGGGGAUACCGGAAAGGAAUACCAUUUGGACGAUGAGGUUCAGUCGGAGAACGGCGACGACGACCAGAACGUGGAGGCUUCACAAUCUACUGAUGCAGGCAUUCUGCAGAAGACGUUCGAGCUAGAUUUUAGAGUGGACAUCUUGAGCGCUUCGAUCGCUAAAAAACAAGGCGACGAUGAGAAAGCCCUUGGUUCUCUGUCCUUCAACAAAUUUGGUCUUGCUUUCGCGAUGACGGAGAUGGACAUGAAAGUUGAUGUUCGGCUCGGCUCGCUGUCAAUGGAGCUUGUGGACGUCGGGCCUGAACCAUUGGAGGUCUUGUCGUCAGCUGAUGUAGAAGGCGGGCAUGCCGACAGCGUCGAUCUCCUCACCGUCGGAUAUACUCGUGUGCAGCAGAAGAUCCCAGAGCUUCUCUCACCAUAUGAUGGCGCAGACCAGAACGUCGACAUGAAAAUCUCGACCGUCAUCGUUCGCUUGUCCCCCGAGGCCAUCCUUACUCUGUACGACUUCCUUAUGACGACUUUCGUACCUUCAACUGGUACUGAUUCUGGCGCCGCUGCGCCUACGCUCGAAACGGAGGAAGUAACGUCUCCUGGAGCUGCCGCAAAAGAUGAUCAGGCAACGGGCAAGAUUCGUGUUUCUAUCAAGCUCGCUAGUGUUAAAGUCAUCCUCAUAAACGUCUCCUCACGCCUUGCAACUUUGGCUCUAUCCACAGCGACGACGACCGUGAUUGUAAUCCCUGGCGGUCUCGAUGUUCAAGCUCAUCUCGGCUCACUCUCGCUGUCCGACGACUCUCCGCAGCAAACCUCGCUCCCCCAAUUUAAGCAUCUUCUUUCCAUUGAAGGAGACAGUCUGGCAGAGAUCCGCUAUCAAACGUUCAACCCUAGCGAGGUCGACAGGCGUCAUGGUGUCAAGUCUGCAGUUGAGCUCACUGCGGGCUCCUUGAAGCUGCAUUACCUUGAGCGACCCUUGCAUGAUCUCUACGUCUUUCUUUCUAAGCUCGCGAAGCUCAAAGGCCUCUAUGACUCGGCAACGCAGGUCGCUGUUCAACGCGCUUCUGAGAUCGAGAAGAUGCAGCUCAAGCUCGACAUUUCCACACCCAUCAUCGUCCUUCCGGCGGACCCCGUCACAUCGCAUGAUAUUCUUACGAUGCAGCUCGGCGCUAUCAGCUUGGACAAAAGUUACACCAACACCCAUUCGAACAUGGACGCAAGUCUACGCGGUCUGAAGCUCACUUCGACGCUCGGGGCGUCUGAAGGCUCUUUCACGUUGAAGAUGAUCGAUGACAUUGAGAUAGUAGCCAAGGUUGUGGCUCCCCUCGUGCCGCCUCAGGAUUCCUCGCAGCCGGAGACACAAGUGUCUGUCACGAUAUCGGAUGUCAAGCUGUCCUUAACGGAGCGGCAGUACCAGAUGAUCUUGGACCUGUCUCUUUCGGUCCCGCGUAUCUUAGCAGGCGCACCUAAGGGUGCCGCUCAAGCGGAUAGCUCUGCAGGCACUCCACAACGUAUCGCGAGUGGGACGGAUAUACCAGCCGAGGUUGGGCUGAAUCCUGAGUUAACCGUGACAUCUUCGGCAGUACGCACAUCGAUGGAUGUCAUAGUGACCGCGAACUCCAUUCAGCUCAACCUGUACGGACGCGGGGCAACAGACGAGGCGUCGCUGAGGCAGAACGGGCUCGCUCGAUUUGCUCUGACCGGUAGUGAUGUCCGCGUGAAGAUGAUGUCGGACGGCGCCAUGGAGUGUCAGAUCAUCCUCAAAGCCUUCACGAUGGGCGACACUCGGCCUGGCGCGAAGUUCCGCGAGGUUAUUCCCGCUGCCAAGCACCAACGUAACCAACUUAUGGUCUUGUAUACGUCCUCCGGCGGACCAAAGCCUGCAUCGCUUGCCGUCGUGACAGUUGACGCACCUCACAUCAUCUUGGCCGUGGAGCUCGUAUUCGGCCUUCUUGCGUUCUUGACCAGCCCUUUCAAGUCGAAGGACGAGACAACCGAGCCUGUAACGGCAGAGAAGAUCGAUGAUGCACCUUCGGAGUCUUCUGGCAUGGACUUCAGGUUCGAUAUGCACGACGUCUUAAUCAGCGUUCUCGAGGACGAUCAAGAUAUGAACUCGCAGGCCGUUCGCUUGCACGUCGGACAGAUCUCCAUGUCCCAGCAGGGAGUGCUCGCGCUGACGGUCGACAAGCUAGGCAUGUCUCUGACGCGCAUGGGAAAAGGUGCCGAGGAAGUGCGAUUCUUGGACGACCUCGAUCUUACACUGUCUAUGGAUAACAAGAUGACAGCGGAUCAGACAAUGACGAGCAUCGAGAUAAGCUGCAAGCCCGUCGUCCUUCGUGCAUCGUACCGGGACAUCCUACUUAUCCUCGCGAUCACGCAUAAGGCUACGGUCGCCUAUGCGCAGCAAGCCGCCUCCCCGCGGUCGCCCACUGAUGUGUCGUCUUCAGCCCGGAGUCUACCAUCUUCUCGUCCCAACGCCAUGACCCGGUAUUCGUCCCGUGGAACCCAGCAGUCUUCUAGACCACUUGGCAGAGCUCACGUCUCCCUGUCGUCAGAAUCGCUGAAAGCAUCGCUUGACGGUCUCAAGCUCAUCCUCAUCGGAGACUUGCACGAGCAGCCAAUGGUCUCCGUGCAAAGUCGGCCUUUCCGUGUUGGCGCUAAGGACUGGUCCGGCGCGCUCGACGUCUCGACGACUAUCGCGAUGAGCAUCGACUACUGGAACUUGUCAAACUCGCACUGGGAACCACUGAUCGACCCGUGGACGUUCACAGCUGGGGUUGGGAGGCCCGACGCAUCUGGAGCUAUGAACUUGAGCUUAACGUCGCGCGAGCGACUCAAUCUCAACAUUUCGACAACCUCUGUUGAGAUCGCUCUUGAUAUGCUCAAGGUCAUGAGCCAGCAAGGUGAUCGUGUCAUGGCUACAGCGAGAGGAUCCUAUGCGCCGUACCGCAUCCGCAACCGAACUGGUACCGAUCUUUUCGUGUGGUCCGAUGUUGAAGGAGCCGAGAAAACGGACGCCAAUGCUGCGAAACUUACCAACGGCCAGACCACUGAUUGGCGCUUUGAUGACUGGCGGACUAUGCGCGAGCAUACUCCAUCGAGGGAGCACAGUAUCGCGAUCCAGUUCGUUGGGCAGCCAUGGGAGCAGUUGCGUAGCAUCCCUGUCGAUCGGGAAGGAGAGUACACAUUCUCUUUGCGACCGCGUACCGAGGCAAUCUAUUCCCGCAUGCUCUGCGAAGUCAAGGUCGAGUCAGGGGUCAAGAUCAUCACAUUGCGUUCAACGUACAGAAUCCGUAACCAAACGUUGUACCCCGUCGAGAUAGGUUUAUCCGACGAGGACGGACGUACGAAGCAUGACGUCUUCAAGCUGGCACCGGGUCAUGACUAUCCUCUGCCGAUCGAGACCGUCGGCAAGUGCAAGGUUCGCAUACAGCCCGAUUCUGGGUUCGGCUACAAGUGGUCAACGGGUCUCCGAUGGAACGACCUCAUCUCACAUCAAUCCUUCACCUUGCGUUGCCCGCAUACCGAUCAGGGCGAGGCUGCUUUUCGCUUCCACGCUUUUGUCAAGACGGACACGAUCACUCAGCCUCUGCGGCGAUAUCCAAAGAUUGACUUGUCUCUGCGCGCUCCCAUUGAGCUCGAGAACCUGCUGCCGUACAAUUUGCAGUACAGGAUCUACGACAAGGACACCGACCAAAACUGGCGCAGUUACCUCCGAAAGGGCGGGGUGAUGCCCGUUCACUCAGUUGAGCUGGGCCACCUCGUUCUUCUGAACGUCGAAAUCCAAGAUACGCAGUUCAAACCGAGCGACUUCAGCAUCAUCAACACAGACGGCCACUCCGACUUCGAUAUUGAGAAACGGGUGACAGUGCAGGAUGCAAAAGGCCGCAAGCUCGAUCUAGCGCUGAACUACGUUAAGCAUGCGGAUGCUGGAGGGGCGUUCAAGGUACAGAUAUACUGCCCUUACUUGGUUGUGAAUAAGACGGGCCUACCCUUCGGCAUUCGCUCGGUUCGCACGAACCGUGCCAGCGGUCCCCAGGACGUCGCAGGCGACACGAGACCAGAGGUCCUGUCCAGCAACGCGCCUUUUUUGUUGUCCCACCCAAGCGAACAUGGCAAGGACUUCGUGCUCAAACUCGGCGAUUCCGGAUGGUCCAAGACGCUGAGCUUGGAUGCUCCUGCUGCUGAUACGGAGCUGACAAUACCAGCCGAGAAAUCGCAGGAGGUUCAUGUCGGGUUGUCUUGGACAGAAGCUCUCGGCAAGUACAAACUUACGAAAGUCAUCACGCUGUGCCCGCGUUUCUUCGUCAAGAACGACUUGCCCUCUGCUACGCUAUGCGUUCGUGAGCAUGGAGUGGCUCCGAAGGGCCGCUCCGAACUCAAACCGGGUGAACGCAUUCCCCUCUUUGCCAUGCGUGUUGGCUUUGAGAAGCUUAUCACCGUUGCAUUCCCCGGAUUGGAUACACAAUGGUCGCCGCCUAUCAGCAUCGAAGACAUAGGCCCGGUUUACUUCAGGUUGCGAGAACCAGGGCAGCGUGGCUCGGACCAUCUUGUAUGCGCGGACAUCAAGAUGAAGGAUGCGACGAUCUUCAUUAACUUGAAGGCAGCGGAUAAUGACUGGCCGUACAUUGUGGAGAACGAUAGCAAUUAUCCGAUCACGUUCCAGCAAACGGAUGCCGUACAUGCAGAGGGUGGUGAACAACCCGGAAAGCAGCAUCCUCGAUAUGAUCUUCCCGACCAUACCAUGACGCCCUACGCUUGGGAUUUCCCAGCUGCGCGUGACAAAAAGAUCCAGCUCCGGAUAUACGAUUCUCGGCGCAACGUUGACAUCUCAGAGAUCGGUCCCCUCAUGCCGUUCGCCUUUGUCAUUUCCGGCGGUAAUGGCAAGAAAGGCGCCGUAUCUCUCGACGUUCGCGCAGAAGGUUCGAAACAGAUUCUGCGUAUCACAAACUACAACAAGGAGACGAGCGUCUACCAGCCCAAGCGACGAAACACCAUGUCAUCGACGUCCCGUGCGGAUACGCUGCGAACAGAUACGAUGUCGAGCCAGGAGGCGUUCGAGGCGGUCACGGAGGAAGUUCCUCCUACGCUCGCGUUCAAGCUCGACUUCGAGGGUAUCGGCGUGUCGCUCAUCAAUAGGCGUCUCAUCGAAGUCGUUUAUCUCACUGUGCAACAGCUGAAGUUCGAGUAUACGUCAAGUCCCGUUGCUCAAGCUGUCAAUCUAUCUGUCGGCGGCCUGCAGAUCGAUAAUCAGUUGCACGACGGCGCCUUUCCUGUCGUUCUCCAGCCAACGCCGUUGUCUCGCGAACUCAAGAACGCGGCUCCCCUGCCAACGAUACAAGGAUCGGUCAUCUGGCUCAACGAUCAAGAGCAUGGCGUCCUGUUUGUCAAGUAUUGCUCCGUGUUACUCCAGGCGCUCACAGUCGAGGUCGACGAGGACUUUCUCUACGCGCUGCUUGAUCUCAGCCAGGUCAAAGGGCUGUCGUGGGAAGAAGAACAGGAAGAUAUCCUCAUCGAGUAUCCUGAGUCUAUUCCGGAGCCUGAGGACGCUGUCUCUGGCUUGACGUACUACUUCGAGGUGCUCGAAUUGCAACCCAUCCGUCUCGCGCUCUCGUUCAUGCGUAUGGAGCGCGUCAGCGGCGAGGAAAGGCUGAGUAUUCGCAAUCCACUCGCGAUCGUUGUGAACGCCUUGACAAUGACUAUUGGCAAUGUCAACGAUGCUUCGCUCGAGAUGAACGCCUUGGCUAUGAAGGACGUCCGCACCACGCUUCCGGACCUGCAGGCGCGCAUCAUGUAUCACUACAGGCAAGAGGUUCUACGUCAACUCUACCGCAUAAUCGGUAGCGCGGAUUUCAUCGGAAACCCAGUUGGCUUGUUCACAAACGUCAGCUCGGGGGUGGCGGAUAUCUUCUACGAGCCCUUCAACGGCGUCGUCAUGCACGGCAACCGCGAGCUUGGUGUUAGCAUCGCCAAGGGAGCUGCCAGCUUCGUGAAGAAGACUGUAUUCGGGUUCUCGGACAGCAUGACCAAGUUCACUGGCGCAAUAGGCAAGGGUCUCUCUGCGGCGACGCUUGAUUCCGAGUAUCAGCAGCGCAGACGCAUGGCACAGCGACGCAAUAAGCCGAGACACGCAAUCUAUGGUGUCGCGGCUGGCGCUGAGGCCUUCGCUAGCAGCGUUGCCAGCGGCGUCGAGGGCGUUGUCAUGAAACCGCUCGAAGGUGCGGAGAACGAAGGCGCAUUUGGGUUCUUCAAGGGCGUUGGCAAGGGGACACUCAGUGCGGCGACGAAGCCUGUCAUAGGUGUCUUCGACCUUGUAUCGAACGUGUCCGAGGGCGUGCGUAACACCACGACGGUCUUCGACAGUCCCGCUCGCGGCCGCGUGCGUCUUCCGCGUCACGUACCCGCCGACGGCGUGCUUGUUCCGUACAGCGCACGUGAGGCCAAAGGUCAGGACUGGAUGAAGGACCUCGAGCACGGCGCGUACCGCUCCGAGUCAUACGUCGCGCAUGUCGUCUUGCCGGGCGGCGAUAACGUCGUUCUUCUCACGGCUACCCGUGUGCUCUCGUUCUGGGCAAGCAAACUGAAGCUCGAGUGGGACCUUCCGUUCUCACAGGUCCAGGGCGUCACCGUCGAGGAUCGCGGCAUCCGUUUCGCGCACCGCGCAGGGCGUGCUCAAGACCGCUUCGUCCCGCUAUCGGAUAAGAAGGCGCAAAGCUGGUUCUUCGGAGAGGUCGCCAGUGUUGUUAAGACGUUCAAUGCAAGGCGCAGGAUCGAGGGCAACUAG